GACCCUGCCUGCUGGCCCCAAGAGAUUCCCCCCUCUUCUCCCCCUUGGGUCACUUGCCAGCUGCUUUCUACGUUUGCCGCUUUCACCUGCAAUUUGACAGCCCAGGAAAGGGGGGGCUAGAUGUGGGGAAACCCCCUCCCCCUCCCCAUGCCUUCAAUGACUGAUUGCCUGACCACUGGGGUUGGAUGCCCAGAGGAGAAAGUGGACAGCCCACUCAGCGAUUUCAUCUGAGGGAUGCCUGUGGUGGCCGAGAGGAUGACUUGAUGUUUGGCUUUGCCAUGGAUGGGUUGAGAUGCUUCAUGGUUGCCUUGGUCACGUUGCUGUUCCUCUAUCGCCCGCGUCCACCUUGGUGCACUGCCCGACACCUGGUGCUUUGGACAGGGUUCCCGGUAUUGCUGCCCAUCUUACUGUUGGUGCCGGCUACUCUGACUUCCCCCGUAGCAGAUGACAUCUAUUUGGGGCAGCAAAACUUUUCUUCUCUUUUGCUGAGUCAAAGCACUGUGGGUAACAAGACACACACAGCCUUAACCGAAAGCACAAGAGAUUCCAGGGCAAACACCGCGUUCCCUGAGUUGUCAUCACCAGUAACCACUCCUUUUGAAAUGACCUCAUUGGACCAAGAAGCAGGGAGCAGAGCCUCAGUUCAACAAAAGGGACCAGCACUGGAUUUUUCAGUAACAAGCAAUGAAGCCAUCUUAAGUGACGAUAGUUUUAUUAGUUCAAUUUCAAAUGCACAACAGACGCCUUCCCUGAAGUCUUUUGUAGAAGGCGAUCUUUUGGGUUCCUACCCAGUAAAGCCAACUAAAGAAACACUACAGACUUUGUUGUUAGCACCUUCACUAGCUGUCUCCUCUUUGCCACUUGAUGAUGUGGGAACAUUGCAGACAACAUUGCAAAGGGCUGCCUUUGUCCCCCAUAUUUCUCUCCCGCACUUGAAGUCUUUUGAUGGGACGAGUAUUAAUCUAACUCCAUACAGAGACUUGCUUAUGCCUCAGACUGACUUACAUUCUGUUGCAUUAGAAAUGGCAGAUGCAAGUAUUGGAAAAGAAGGGGAGAGUUUGCCAUCUUAUCUUUUCUCUUCAACUUCUCUGCUUUUUGAUACUACUGUAGAACAGUCGCCUACAUAUCACAAUACACAAAGAACUUACACAUAUCCUGAAGUUCACUCUGGUAUUAAUAGCAGUUUAACUGGAACACUGGGUCCAAAAUACUCAUCUGUCCUAAGUAUUCCUAUUUCAUUAAUGGGGGCAACUAUGUUUUCAACCAACUUUCCUCAUACCAUUUCCUACACAGAGGCACCUGCUUUCAAUACUCCUUUUAAUGAAAUGUUUUUUACACAUGAACUGUCCCAGAAAUUCUCCAGAAAUUCCGCAUCAAUUUUUCCUAGCUACUCAGAAAAACUCAGUGAUUCCAAAAGUCCAGUGCCUUUCACUGAACCAUAUACAUCAUGUCUGUACUGUGACUUAAUUUCAGUUUCUCCAGAACCAUUCUUUUCAAUGCGACCCACAGAAAACGAGGUGGGUUCAGGCGAGUACGGUGAGACGCUCACAUUCAUGGUCUCUGAAGUAAAGAGUAUUGCAUCACGUACAUCAGAAAUGAGUGAUCUCUACGAUGUGCCUGAACCUCCUCCUGAAAUCUUUGAUACCAGUUUUCCAUCAAGACCUGUUGUUUCACUUUCUUCAAGAUUUACUGCACUCUCUGAGUCAAAUUCUAUGGAAAUUAGCCUUAAAAGUAUAUUUACAUCCAUGUCCCCUUCCUAUUUCUAUAGCCAGUCUUCUGAAAUUAUAUCAUUGGAAAGCAGUCUGGUUAACUUCUCCUAUUCUGUGUCUGAGUUAGUUACAAUAGAAGUUAGUACAGGUGUUACAGAAACAUCAUUUUCUAAAGUGGCUACAAUUUCUCCAGAAUUUGUCUCCAUAGAGAAUAUGAGUAUGCCUUCCAUGACAAUGAGACAUUCAAUUCUGCUAGAAACGUCUGAAUUUAUGCUGUCAGAAACCACACAUUUAUUUGGCACUGCAGUAGAGCAUUUUGCCAUAGAAGACUCGGUUAUCAGUAGAUCAGACAUAGUAUCCAGCCUUUCAUUCAAACCCUUUUCCCCUGAGCCAACUGAUCUGUCCCAUUUAUCAUUGGCUACAGAUACAUCUUUUCUAACAAUGCCAAGUGAUUUAUCAACACCUUUACCUCAUAUUUUGCCCACACUCCUUCCAUCAUCUGUGCUUUUUGACAAUUCAGCUGGAUGGAGUUCAGUUGAGCAACCAGCUUUUAACAUCACUAGUAUGGUGACUUCUCAAGUUUCUUCCUGGCAAAGUUCAUUUUUUAAUUCAAGCUCAUCUUCUUUUCCAGUUACGCACAGUUCUGCAGUGAUGCCCUCAUCACAAUUCUAUAUGAACUCCUCAGUCUUACUAGAACCAACAUCAUCCUUGAUGGUAGAAUCUGAAUUUUAUUUUACCUCAGCUUUCACAGAAGCUACCUCUCACUUUGAGUCUUAUUUCACUAUUGAUACCAUGUUAACACAGCAGCUACCUGUGUCAGCUUCACAGCCUGUUUUCACCAGCAACAUCUCUGGGGAUAAUACAUAUGUGAGCUUGUGGUUCACAUCAUUGCAGUCAACCCCUGUCUUAACUUCACAUUUUUGGUUAACUACAGCUAUCGUUGAAGAUAGUGGUGCUACUGCUAAUUUCAGUCCAUUUUCUUCCUUCCAUGAGGUACCUUCUACCACAGAUUUUUUUAAAACCACUCCUUAUACACCAUUGUCAACAAAUAUGAACAGCAAUGUAAUUUCACCUACUGGACCAAUGGUUGUUGAGACAUCUUCAUCUGUGAAUACUGCAGUUGAAUCUGAUGUUCUAACAAAAACUAGCAUGACUGAGCAUAUUACUAUGACAGCUUUUACUGCCACUACUUCCAGUAGCAAAAUAGGACUUUCUUCAGUUACCAGCAGCAAAUCAAGUUCAUCUAUAUCCUCUUCAACCUCUACCUGGACCCCUACACAGGUUACAGUGACAACCAUUCCAACUACCACAACUAAACAGCCUUAUGUUUGUGACAUUACAGUCCCUGAUAAAUAUUUGGUAACAACUGUGCUAGCACGGAAAUCUGUAGUACAAAAUAUCAGUGAAUCCAUCAAAGAACUCCUGAAAAAUGAAUUUAGGAGAAUGGUAGAACUAGAGGUGUAUACACUUUCUCCAAAAUUCUCUUUUCUGGUGACCUCGGGGCCUUUUGUUUACACGGCAAUUGCUGUCAUCAAUGUAUUGGUGAACAGCAGCCUUCUUUAUGGUGAAACACCUCUCAUUUCAUCACUGCAACCAUCUCUUCCUGCUCCUGCUCUCCAGUUCCGAGUACAAACUGUCCUUCAAUUUGUACCCAGAAGUAUUGACAUUGGGUUCUGUAACUUCAGCCAGCGCAUUGAAAAAGGGCUGAGGUUUGCCUUUGAGGAGGUGAGAAAGCAUCAUCAGGAUAUUUCCAACUUCACUGUGCAGAUACUAAAUAUAACUCUGGGUCAGCCCAAAGCAGUGUUUCGGCAAGGCCCUGUGCAAAUUAUAUUUGCCGUUCGAGAGAAGCGUGGGUUCCUGAAUGGGUCUGAAGUUAGUGAACUGCUAAGAAACUUGUCUGUGGUGGAGUUUAGUUUUUAUCUGGGUUUUCCAGUGCAGCACAUUGCAGAACCUGUUUAUUAUCCCCAACUGAAUACAUCACACUUGAUGAAAUCUUCCUGGAUAAGAACAGUUGUUCUGGGAGUUGUCAAACAGAAAGUUGAAGAGGACGUUUUUCAGGCUGAGAUGGAACGAAAGCUAGCCCACUUGUUGAAUGAGGCUAUGGGCCGAGGGCGGAGAUGGAGAAGAGCAACUUUUGCUGGGAAGAACGUUGUGCAGCUGUAGAUCAAGUCAAAGGACCUUCUCCAGAAUCACAGAAUAAUCUGUGGAUUAUUGUUGGCGUUGCAGUCCCUGUAGCUGUGGUGCUAUUGAUAAUCAUAAUUUUAUACUGGAAACUUUGCCGCACAGACAAACUUGAGUUUCAACCAGAUACCAUGAGCAACAUACAGCAGCGUCAGAAGCUACAAGCUCCUAGCGUAAAAGGCUUUGAUUUUGCAAAGCAGCAUUUAGGCCAGCAUAACAAGGAUGACAUCCUGAUCAUACAUGAACCAACUCCUCUGCCAGGACCAAUUAAAGAUGCCACACCUUCUGAAAAUGGUGACCUGCCAAGCCCCAAGACCAAGUUAUCUUCAAAGCCUUCCAAGAAUGUCCGACAUAGAGGGAGAGUUUCCCCUUCUGAUGCUGAUUCCACAGUGAGUGAGCACUCGAGUGGCCGAGACACAGGAGAUGAGAAUGCAAGGCCUCAAACAGCUGCCAAUGACGUGAAAUCUCAUCGAGUUAACAAGUCUGGAUUAAACAAAGUGGGCCCUCCGCAGAUCACUAAUGGAACGCAGCAGCCAACUUCAGCCUCUAUCUUUGAGCACGUAGACCGUAUGUCCCGAUCCUCUGAAAUCAGUAGAAGAGUCCCUAGCAAGAUCCAACUGAUUGCCAUGCAGCCAAUCGCAGUCCCUGCAGCACAAAACCAACCCCUUUCUGACCGAGUUGCCGAAACCAACAAAAUCAAUAAGGAGAUACAGACAGCUCUGAGGCAUAAAUCUGAGAUUGAGCAUCACCGUAACAAGAUCCGGCUACGUGCCAAGCGCAAAGGACAUUAUGAAUUCCCAAUUGUGGAUGACGUGGUUAUCAUCGAUACCAAAGAGCAGCAGCAGAUGUACCGCAAGGCACAGAUGCAAAUAGAUAAAAUCUUGGACCCGAGUGGCAACAUGCCAACUGUUUUCAUAGAACCCAGGAAGAGUUCACGGGCAAAACGAUCCCCAAAGCAGCGUCGGAGGCAUCAGAUGAAUGGAAGCCCAAUGGAUGCCGACAAGGACAGGCUAAUCACAACGGACAGUGAUGGGACAUAUAAAAGGCCUCCUGGUGUCAACAACUCAGCAUACAUUUCUGAUCCUGACCUUCCUGCAGAUCCCCAGACUCCUUCUUCAACUGAAUUGGGGAAAUACUCAGGCCUGCCUUCCCAUGCUCUCCAAUAUGUUCCUCCUCAGCCAUCUAUUGAAGAAGCCCGGCAAACAAUGCAUUCUCUCCUGGAUGAUGCUUUUGCUCUGGUGGCUCCCAGUACCCAAGCAUCCAUCACCCAUCCUGGAGGGUCAGGAGGACAGUCAACAAGCACUCCUGUUCGGGCUCCAAGAGACACCCCCAGCAGUCAGUGGGGGUCACCCUACAGCCAGGCUCAUACAAGAUACAUGGAUUUUGGGAUGACUCCACCUUCAGCUCCAGGCCUGUUGCAGAGCAGGCAAAACCUUGGAUCUGGCUUUCUUCCACCUGUUGAAUUAAUACAUCCAGACUCACAGCCAUCAGAUGUCCAAUAUUCCACUCGAGGCAUCUACCCAGAGGAAAUGCCAUCAGUGGCACGGCCACGACCAGUUGGAAGCACUGCAGGUUCUCAGAUACAGCACCUCACUCAGGUGGGAAUUGCUAGCAGGAUCGGAGGUCAACCAAUGGAGAUCCCCUCAGGCAGAGCAGGGCAUGGCCAGCCAGGGGAACAAGGGUGGCCCCCAUACCGUGGAGAGGAUGAAUUUGCUAGGAGAGAAGCAACGCAUACACCUGGACAUCACGAAUAUUGCUCCUCACCAGUUUUCCAGAUGCCGCGGAAUUUGGCUCGACAGCCUUCAGCUCCACCUGUUCAUCUGCCAGCCAGCAACCAGCAGGGUCCAGGGCUUUGCUACAGCACCAGCUCCACUGAGGACCUCCAAACGGGACAUUCGUCUGCCUCCCUCAUCAAAGCAAUCCGAGAGGAGCUUCUCCGGCUCUCUCAGAAACAGACCAUUGUACAGAACUUCCACAGCUGAUUUGUCCUGUCCUUGCAAAUUAGCCAAUUAUCUGCUUCCUGUGGAAGCUCGACUUGCAGGAAAAUCAGCAAGAGCCUGCGGUUCUUCUGUCAGAGGAGUAAACAUGUACAAUACCAGGGAUUUAUGAAGCAGGAGAAAAGAACUCUUUGGUGAGCAGCUGCAGCAGCGCAAGAGAAGAUCUCUGUGAAUGAUAAAGUUGGGAAGACUCAGCAAAUGUUUGACAGACAACCAUCUUUUAAACUUUCUACUUUUAAGCAUUUUGGCAUUAUAAUUGUACUUGGAGUAGGAGUGUUCUUUCGUAAUAAUGAUCUGGAAAUUCAUUUGCUGCAAAGAAGGCAGUACUACCCUCUAAACGACAGUCAUUGGAACAUGCCAGCCCUUGAUUAAGGAAAAAGAGGCACCUCAGAUUAGUGGUAGUUCCUGAGUGGAAAUUGCCGGCUGUUGGUGGGGGUGGGGGGUAUAUACUUCUGACGUGUUUCUUUUCACAUACAAUGCAAGUGGUGGUGUUCCUGUGCAAACAAUUACUUUAAUUAGACCAUAGUGAGAUUUCUUGAAGAAAGGACUUGGGAAACUUGCUAAACUAAGAUAAUAACCAUUGCUUAAUAUUGCUUCCAAACGGAGCCAAUCUUUGAACUUUUCUUGUUGUUCUUCUGGUGCUGAAGCUUCAAAGUGUCCCUUGAUCCUGGUGUUUGCAAAUGUAAAAUGAAGGCCUUUAAAAAAAAAGAGCAGUAUGAAGACACAAACAAAGGAUAUAAUCAUUUAUUCAGGCUGGGGAAAACCAUUUAAUCCUCUUUUUAGAAACUGUACUUGGCACUAAUAAGUUAUUGAUGGACAAGUAGCAGAUGGAUCAAUAAGUGGAGAGACACAUCCAGGGCCAUUUCACAAGUGACGCAGAGAAAAUUAAAUGUGCAUGAAGAUGGCAUUGCUGUACAUGAAUUAUUUUUCCUUGGGCUCCCAAAAUCCAUGUGGGAAAUCUAUCAUAGAUAAUAUUUAGCAGACAUGUGAGUAGCUCCAGGUUUUGUUUUGUUAUUUUUUGUCUUUUCCCUUCCUUUGGAAGUGGAUUCUUCUAAUCUGAAAGAUUGUAGUCAUGCACGAUCAAUGAUUUAAUGGCUCUUGGUGCUGCCUAGAAAACUGAGCACGACUUACUAAUCAUUUCACAGAGAGUCACUGGACUCUAUGGACAAAGGCAAGCCAAGCCCAAAAGUUAUGUAUCUUUCUGGAUCUAAAUAUGUGAACAUUUCAUCCUGGAAUGUUUUCUCAUAUUUACUUCCCACGAAGUAAAUUUCCUUUUCUUGAAAAAGGAUUGCAAAUACAUCAGUAUAGACCCGCACAUCCAAAGUGGUUUGCUUAAAAAGGAGCUUCACUUUCAGGAAGGGUAUAGUACAGGGGUGUCAAAAUCAAUUUC